UAUGCGUUACACAUAUUACUCAACCAGCACCCAAGUUCGCUACUAAAACUUGCGGAGUAGUCGGGCAGAGUGAGAGUGAUGGCAGUUUUGCUAUUUCGAGGAAAGUGUACCCAGGUGUGAAGGCAGUUUAGUUAUACUGAAUAAUGGCGAAUUGCAUGAGAAUACAGCCCUCGUUGCUCAAUAUCCUAAGGGUUAUUGUUAUGCCAGCGGCUGCAGCACCAGUGGCUUCAAGGACCAGGCCUUUCUACAAACCCCUGCGUUGUGCACCUCUCCAGCAACUGCAACAAGAGCAAGAGAUUGACGCAGGGAUCAUGUGUGAACCUUGCAAUGGUAAAGGAUGGUUGCCAUGUGAUUUUUGUGAAGGAAAAAAAACCAAUGUCAAAGCCAAGAACAAACGGAUCUACCGUCGAUGCCCAUCUUGUAGAGGUAUUGGUCAUCUGUUGUGUUCAAAAUGCAAAGUCUUUAAGUGUGUCACCUUCCCAAAUGGGAGCGAUGGUGAAGAGCUGACCUUGUGAUCGCACCCCUGCUGGUUUAUUAAUAAAAAAAUUGCAGAGAACCCUUCAACUAAUGUGUUCAUGGAGUUGUUCUCAAUUUUUUGCAGGAGAUUGAUUUCAGGUUCUUCCUUGCCCUUCUUUGUAUUUUUCUUAAACCCUCGAGAAGAAAUUCUUUGAGAGGCAUCUAGUAUUGUGCACACCAUGAGCUGUGAAAUUUAUUAGAUGGUUGAUUAUUGUAUUUUGUUGUUGAUAAAAUAAAAAAGCUGACUUGGUUUUUCUUGCAAUCUGAGCAUAAUGGUAUCAAGUCUUGAAAGGUUUUUGGAAUGUGGUGUUAAGUUAAUUGAAGGAUUAUUUUUGAAUUGGCUGAUUGGGUGGUUGUCAAUAGCGUAGCACCAUAGAAUUGAGGCUUAUCCUGGAGCUACACCUGAGUAUUGAGAGUGAUUCUCACAUAUAUGUCAGAACAGAAUGUGAUGCAGGUGGUGAUGACUAUCUUUGUACUCAAGGUGUUAGCAAAUGCAUGUCAAAUUUACAAGUUACAUAAGUAACCAGAAUAAAUGUGAAGAUGGUUGUAGACAUGUAAUGUUCUGGUUUGAAAACAUGUUAUUGAGAUCUCUUAUAACAAGAAAAUGAGCGCUAUGUUGGCAAACAACCUUAUGGGCAUUGGGCAGUUUUCCCUUUUUUUUUUUAACCUU